UGGGGAUGUACAUUAGUUCAUUGUUUUUCCUCUUGUUCUGCUCUACCUGCUUAUGUUCUGUUGAGGGAGCUCCUGCAUAUUUUGUGUUUGGAGAUUCACUGGUGGACAAUGGCAACAAUAAUUAUGUUGCUACCACAGCUAGAGCAGACAGCUAUCCCUACGGAAUAGACUAUCCCACUCAUCGAGCUACUGGUCGAUUUUCUAAUGGCUUGAACAUUGCAGAUUUUAUUAGCGUGAAGCUUGGGGCAGAAUCUGUGCUGCCAUAUUUGGACCCUUCCAAUAAUGGUGAUACAUUGCUAAGGGGUGCAAAUUUUGCCUCUGCAGGCGUUGGGAUUCUUAACGACACAGGAGUUCAAUUUGCAAAUAUUAUCAGGAUCCCACAGCAGUUCGAGUACUUUGUAGAGUAUCAAAACAAGGUGGCCCAAAUCCUUGGAAGUGAUGAAACGGCCAGACUUGUUGAGGAGGCUCUUUUUUCGAUUACUCUGGGAGGAAAUGACUAUGUUAACAACUAUUACCUGGUUCCUGUCUCUCUGAGAUCAGUGGAGUAUACAUUACCAGAUUAUACUGAGUUCAUAGUUUCUGAAUAUGAGAAAUAUCUCAGGCGAUUAUAUGAAUUGGGAGCAAGGAAUGUGCUAGUAACAUCGACAGGGCCAUUAGGGUGUGCUCCUGCAGAGCGUGCAACCAGGUCUCGCAAUGGCGAAUGUGCCGAACAGCUACAGGAAGCUGCUUCUUUAUUUAACUCACAUCUCAGCACUGUCAUACAAAGACUCAACAACGAAGCUUCUGCACAGAUCUUCACCUUUGCUGACACAUAUUCUAUGAAUAUGGGCGUCUUCAGCAACCCUGCAGCAUUCGGAUUUGAGGAUUACACAGAUGCAUGCUGUGGACAAGGGGUAUACAAUGGUAUUGGGCUAUGUACAGCAGAGUCAAAUGUAUGUUCAAACAGAGAUGUGUAUUUGUUCUGGGACAACUACCAUCCCUCUGAGAGGGCGAAUAGGAUUAUUGUCGAUGAGAUUUUUGAUGGGUCUUCUGCUGUUAUGAGCCCUGUCAAUCUCAGACAGAUGUUGAAGCUUCAAGACUGACAUAUGGGUGAAAAUCAAUUAUUCAUUUGAAAGCUUCAAAUAGAAUAAGCCUCUAUUUUAUAA